CCAUUGUACUCUGUCAUUUCCCGAAAGCGGCUCACGCUUGUACUUUGAAGAUGCUAACGGCCCCUCCUUUCGAGCCAAGAAAUGCUUUGACCUUUUCAAGAACAGUUUUUUUUUUUCCAGCCAGUACGGCAGUGUAGAGGAGUGAAGCAAGCUAUUCCCAUUUGCCCCUCACGGGAGGACAUACACGCACACAUACCUUGGUAGUUAGUGUGAACAAGAGAAAUGUUUAGCAGUGGGCGUGUGUGUGACUCUGGAAUUUGCAGAUUGCUGCUGUGAAAUACAAACAUCCACUGUCACUGUUGGCAAAGGCAGAACCAAAAAUCCAAAAUACCAGAGGACUCUGCUGUUGCGGAUUAGAUUGGAGUCGUCUUUCCUUGGGGAUUGAGUUAACGUAGUCUCCCUUUCUCUAUGCCCUGGAAUAUGUAUGAGGUUGAGCACCCCCUGCUGCCCCCUUGGGUAGGGUUUAGAUGAGCUCAUGGGUCAUUGCCAUCUCUAAUUUCUGUGAUUCCCUGAAGUUUAGGAAUGGAUUUGCUGCACUUUCUGCCUUGCUGGCAUUGGCGCCCUGCUGGUUUCUUGCUCUCACUCUUGUUUGUACUGAGUCUUUGAUAUGUUAGCAAGGUUGGGUUGCUUUUGGUUUAAGGUUUCUUUUUGUAGCAGGGUAAUCUCAUGGCUGAAGCACAGGGGUCGGAGCCUGGAGAACUGGCUUCUAUUCCUUGCUCUGCCAUUGUGCAACCAUGGGUGAGUCCCUCCCUUCCCCAUUCCAUGCCUCAGUUUCCCCACCUGUAAAAUGGUGGUGAUGAUACUGCCCCAUCACAUGUGAUGCUGUGGUAUUGACAUUAAUCCACUAAUGAUGGGAUGAUAAAGAAAUGAUUUAGAGCAGCAUGGCCAAUUCUCCUCUCUGAACUGGUGAGAGGAGGUUGCUGGCAGAGCAUAAACUGUGUGAGCCCCCAACUGUGCAGAAGGACAGCCCCAAAACAGGCACUUUGCCAUCCCAAUAAAACUGCCAAGCAAGGUCCUGCGCAGCUGCCUUGCAAAUAAACAGGUGCUUUUCAGUGUUGCAACCCAGAUAAGACACAUCCCAACUGGCAUGAAACAAAGAACAGUAUAAUACUGGAUCGUCAGGAUCGGAAAUGGGGUGGGGGAGGAGGGGAGGAACAACCGCUGAGAUCCGCAUAGGAAGAAUGAAGCGGGAGCAGCAGGACUCUGCAGAGCAGAGGGGCAGAUUCUUACAUGUGGCAUAAGCCAAGUUGUGCUUUCACUCCUCCAUAUGCAACCCCCCUGAUGUCUCUAGUGUCAGCAGGAGCAGGGGUCUGCCCUGUUUAUAUAAGGAGAGGAGGGCACAGCUUGUCAACAAGCCGUGAUCCAUCCAGUAUAACUGUUAGGAGAACUCCCUAAUUAAUAGUGUUCGGCUUGCUUUGUAAUUAACAAAAACACCUGCACUUGACUAGUUUGUUUAUUGGGAGUUGUGCUCUUGUGUCAGUGUGUGGUUCAGGUGUCUUUGUCCCUUCCUCUCCAUGCCUGUUCUGUGUGCCAUGUUGAUGAGCCCAGGCAGUUGGGGGGUGGAGGGGUUGACUCUCAGCCUUCCUCUCUCCCCCGUAGUGGCUCCUGCCAUAAGCUGGGUAAAAGGCUCAAGCUGUUCUCUGCUCUGUUUCCCAAAGUUGUCAUCAUGUCCAGUAAUCCUCUCAGAAGCCGGGCUUGUUUUGGCUGCAGUGCAUGGUGAUCUCAUGCCCAGAGAACAUUAAACCGACCAGUUUUCUCUCCCCUUUGUACAGUAUGUGAAAGCAUUUUAUGAGCUUGCUGACCCCGUGGGGCUGAGAACGACACACAGCAAACACGAACUGGAGUAGGCUGAGGGGCUGAGCCUUGGGAACAGAUCAGCCCUUGUUUGAAAAGCUCUAGAAGGAGAGGUGGCUAUUUCACCAGUUUCAGAAGGAGAGACUGAUGUGGCCUGGUUCUGAUUCACCGGUUCUGGUUCCGAACUGCCCUCCCCUCAGCUUGGAGAUGGGGUUUGUUGGAGUAGUGGGUGACCUCAACCCGACAGAUGUUGCUCAUUCGGGCUCUGGCAUCAGCAGAAGUGCAGACACUCAGCUUUAAAGGGAAGAGGAAGAAGAAGACAACCACAAUGGAGGCUGCUGGGCCGGGGCCUGUGGAAGAGGCUGAUGCUGUGCAACCUGGACCCGAGGGGAGCCAGAGCACUGUGGACCCGCUGGACCAGGUGGACUCGCCAGCACUGAAGCCGGACACCAGCCCCAAAGAGGAGCAGAAGAGGCUGGUGGAGGAGAUGGGGGAUGAGCAGGCAUCGAGCAGGGAGAAGGAGGAGGAGCAGGCCUUCCUGGUCAAUCUCUACAAGUUUAUGAAGGACCGUCACACCCCCAUCGAGAGGGUGCCUCAUCUUGGCUUCAAGCAGAUUAACCUGUGGAAGAUCUACAAAGCUGUGGAGAAGCUGGGAGCAUAUGAGCUGGUCACAGGAAGACGCCUCUGGAAGAACGUGUAUGAUGAGCUGGGAGGCAGCCCAGGAAGUACCAGCGCGGCCACCUGCACCAGGAGGCACUACGAGAGGCUGGUCCUCCCAUACGUGCGACACCUGAAGGGCGAGGAUGACAAGCCCCUGCCCCCCGCCAAGCCCCGGAAGCAGUACAAGGUCUCCAGGGAGCCCCGUGGGGAGCAGGGCAAUGACGCAGCCGAAAAGAGCAAGAGAGUCAAGAAGGAGAAAAGCGGAGACCAGGUUUUGCCUGAGAAAGUGAAGCCGGAUGCCUCUGCCGCUCCCAAACGGGCCAGGGAGACUGUGACGGAUGGCCCCGAGCAGAGCCGACCGGGAGACCGAGCUGAGGGGCUCCCCGUUUCGAACACCAAAGACUUGGGCAAGAGCCACCUGUCCUUGAGCUGCCACAGCAACUGCAGGGCCCACGGCUGCUCCGAGGCCUACAAACGGCUCUUCUCCAGCUUCUACUUCAAAGGGAACCAUGGCAUCAUGUCUCCCUUGGCCAAGAAGAAGCUGCUGGCUCAAGUGAGCAAGGCGGAAUCCCUGCACUGUCAUGAGAGACACCUGAGCCAUUGCCCCGAAGGCAAGAAAUCCAGGUCUGCAGGGCUCCCCUGCCCCAGCUCAGAGCUUGACUCCAAGAGGCCAUCAGUCAUUCAUCAGAGCAAAGAGGGAAGGAGCCCUGUGCCAGGGGGGGAUGAUGCCAAUGACCCAGCCCAAGUGUGUCACCCCCCUAAUAAAGGGGAGGGGGCACCAUGCCCAAAGGGAUCUCUGAGCCCCAGAGGCAGCCAGAUAUUUCCGAGGACAGAGGACGGGAGUUCAGGGCACCACCUCUCCCCUGCUCCUGCCUUCUUCACUGGCCACUUCCAUGCGUACAGAAGUGAGGUUCUGAAACCCGUGAGCUGCCACCCCCUACGAGGCCCAAUGGAGUAUUUUCGUGGCUUCAAGGAUUUCCCAGAGUCUCUCUCCAUCUAUCAGCAGCCAGGCAAGGACCUGCAGCAAGCCAACCUCCCUCGGAAGAGGCAGGAGUGUACAGAGGAUUGUGUGGAGCAGCCAGAAGAUCUGCGCAGCAAAGCGAGCCAGGCUCUGCCCUCCUGGAGCAGAGACAGCCAGGGACCCUCUGCCUUCUAUAAAAGUGGCUCUGCAGGGAGCAGAGGCUCUCCCUUCACCAGUGUGAAAGGCUGCUGGAUUCCACCCAUGGCCAGCUUUGCCAAGACCAGUCCCCAGCUACCCAAGAAUGGAGGGCUCAUCCAGCCCAUCCCACAGAGCCAGGUGGGCAGCCCUGCCCUGGGCCCCAGGCCGAGGACCAAGCGCAGUCUGGAGGAGGAGGGUUUUGUUCAUGGGAAGAAGCUAAAGGCCAUUUCGCCUCUCAUCAAGGGAGUGGAGCCAAAGGACAAGCGCGGCGAGUCGCCAAGCCUCCAGCCGGGCCUGGCCAAGCCCCAGGCUAUGGUGCCAAAUCCCAGCUUCCCAGCGCCACUCCCCUCCGCUGCAGGGCAGGACAGUUACAAGGGCACCAUGCUGAGGUUCCCGGUGAACUUUGGCACCCCCGCGGACCAUUUAAAGGGCCAGUCCUCUCCACUGAUCCCUUCACUCUCUGGCAAUCCAUUUGUUAUCCCUGCGUUUCCAGGCCACAUAUUAGCUGCCUCUACUCAAUCCUCAGACCUCUGCCGGCCGCUGGCUGCCAGCCUAGUGCACUACCCUACAUCUUACGACAGCUCGCUGCGGCACAGGCUAUACCCUGUUUCGACAUGGCACAAUCAGCCGACAUACGCCUCCCCCCACGGGACCACCUUCCACCGGAACAACAAGCUGUAGCCACUGGCGUGGGCACUGUCCUUUGUGGAGAGAGAGGGUUUCUACUGAUGGUAGUGGGUCUCAGCCAGCCAUGGCUCAGGGGUAGGACACUCAGUAACACUGGAGAUGCAGCUGUGCUGCAUCUCGCCUUUGGAGCUGCCCCUGUCCCGUAGCCUUGUGUUGCAAAGCGGUAAGAGAAUAUACGGACGGCCUGGACCACAUCAUUUUUACUCUUGAUCUUUGAGCUUUAUUUGUAAUUGACAUCGUACGCUGGGGACUUCGACACACACGUUGUGGGUUUAAAAAAAAAAUGGGAGCAAAAUAGGUUCUGGAGAUUCCUCUUAAUGCCAGAGGUGACCCCAUCCGCCUUGUAGUCGCUCAGACAAGUAUGUUCCAAAAUGCAGCGUGAACUUGGAUGUUGUCGGUCCAUGCUCCUUAAUAGCAGGACUGAAAAUAGGAGUGUAAAGACAGGGAGAGAGGAGAAAUUCAAAUGAACUAACAAGUAGUGUUUCUAGGGUAUCCCAAUAUGCCAGCUGAGUUUUUGGGGUGCUCUAUGAUCCAUGUUACAGAGCACUAGUUCUUCUGAUCUAAAAACGGAGCAAGUUUAUUUCAGUUGAGUUGCCUCGAGGACAGGAAUCCUGGGUUUAAAUUUCCAGGGGAUUGGGGGCGGGAAGUUAAAACACCCAUUGGUUUUGCAGAACCCUGAAAUGGUUUGAGAUGUUCCCAAGUUACUCUCAUGACACUGUCUGUGGAGGUUCCUGUGGAUCUCUCCAAAGGCUGCGUUGGUCUGGUUGGAAGCAUCUAGGUGUGUACAAUAAAACUGGCCAAGAUGGUGCAAAAUGG